AUGUCAUGCAACAAUAUAAAAUCUAAUUUAGUCUGUGGUUACUUGCUGAGCAUGGUAUAUUCUGUCAAAAUUAUACGAACAAACUCAAAUUUUUUUUGCUUUCAAUGUUUUCUUCUCGUGUAUAAAACAUUGAAUUAUCUCUCUGAGUAUUCUACAGAGUAUUCUACAGAGUAUUUAAUUAGAAUGAAGAACAUAUAUUUGUUAUAUUCUAUUAUUGAUGUGAGUUAUACAAAGGCACUUAUUGUGACAAAUACACACGGUAGCCUCUAUUAUGCUUCGCUUGGGGAUAAGCCAGAAGUUUUGAUUGUGACAAUGAAGAAAGAUUUUGCUCGCUUCAAGAAUUAUGUGCUUCAACCCAUAGUAGGAAAAGCGAAUUCAGAAGUAUCAGAAACGUUAGAGAAGUUUAGGUUAAUGGCUGAAGAUCCGAGAUUAAUCAAUACCAUGCAUAAGCAGAUACCAUAUGAAUUCAUUUUUGGAACAGAAUUGCAACGAAAAGUUUGGAAUCAGCUCAUGAAUACUAAUGCGCUGGAAACAGUAUGCUACUCACAAAUGGCUUCUAAUUUAGGAAUGCCAAAGUCCAGUAGAGUAGUAGGGGCUGCUUGUGGAGCGAACAAGAUUGCUCUAUUCGUACCUUGUCAUCGUGCUUUAACAAAGCUGGGUCAAAUAUCUGGUUAUCGCUGGGGGGUACCGUUGAAGCAGAGGUUACUUAAAUUGGAACAGAAACCAUUGCAGAAAGAGUCAAGUUUAAAGGAAAAGUGA